AUGGCCGCUGUUAAGUCGGUAUCCUCUAUGAGCCCCAGGAAAUCGAAGAGACAAAAAAAAUGCCGUCGCAAAGCAACUCUCAUGAAGAAGGCGUCCGAGUACAGCAAGAUGUGCGACGCGGAUGUAUGCGUAGGUAUUCGUUUGCGAGAGACGGGUCAGGUACAUAUUUUGACAGCAGAUGAUUCUGGGUUUUGGGCUUUCCUUGCCUCACAACUGUGCGCCUACUACCCCAAGCCAAAUUUUAUAACUGUCCAAGAUUUGGAUAGGGUCAACAAAGGACUAGCCGUCACCUUCAAGUAG